UGGAGAGCGAGGUGAGGGGUGUGUCUAUGGUAUCCAAUCCUUGCCCGGCUCUGCCAGGAUCCUGAGAUCCCUACCCAUCCCCAGAUCCCAUCUCCAGCUGCAAAUCACUGCAGAUUCAAACCCAGGACCGGACCGGGUUUGCCUGCCGCUCUGUCGCCCCCGGGACAGAUCAGGGUCCAGGCGAGGGUUUUGCGCGACCUUGUGGCCUCUUCCUUCCCACCCGUCCUCCCGGCUCCUUCGCCGCUCCAGCCAUGGCACAGAAACCCAAGGUAGACCCCCACGUCGGGCGGCUAGGGUACCUGCAGGCGCUGGUCAAUGAGUUCCAGGAGACCGAGAGCCAAGAUGCCAAGGAACAAGUCCUUGCCAACCUCGCUAACUUCGCCUAUGACCCGGGCAACUACGAGUAUCUGCGGCAGCUGCAAGUCCUAGACCUAUUCCUCGAUUCGCUGUCAGAAGAAAACGAAACGCUAGUGAAAUUUGCUAUUGGGGGCCUCUGCAACCUGUCCCCGGACAAGGCCAACAAGGAGCACAUUCUGCAGGCCGGAGGCAUCCCGCUCAUCACCAACUGCCUGUCCAGUCCCAACGAGGAGACGGUGUUAUCUGCAGUCACCACACUCAUGUACCUAAGCUCACCCGGCACGGGCUCCCAUCCCGAGCUCACCUCCUUGCCCGUGGUCCAGUGCAUGCUGCGCUUUUCUCUCUCAGCCAACAUACGGCUCCGGAACCUGGCCCAGAUCUUCCUGGAGGACUUCUGCUCCCCAAGCCAGGUGGCUGAGGCGCGGAGCCAGCAGGCCCAUUCGGCCCUGGGUAUCCCACUGCCAAAGACCGAGGCCCCACAGCAGCCCUGAUCCAAGAAGACCCCAGGGCUCUGCCACUUUCUGCCUGAGACCAGUCCUGGCAUAGGAAGCAGAGACCAAUAGCCGUCCAUCCUGUCCACGUGAUGCCUGUUCGGCUAUAUGAAAGGUAGGAUCUCUGAGCAUGACGGGUGUUUAUGCUAGGAAAACCAGUAGGGAGGAAUGAAGGAGCCAGACCUGAGAUGCUUAGAGGAGAGAAACAGCUGGUGUGACUCUCAUGGGCUGGCGCUCCCAACAGUGCCGACAGAAGACCAGCUCGGUGCCCCAGGCCCAGCCAACACGCUCCUAUAGAAGCUUUGCACAGUGGUGCUCAAGAACAGCUGCUAGAACCAGGACUCGGGAGAGUAGCACGAGUGCCCCGAGGAUCUUUGAUGGCUAGAGAUCAGCUGGCCUUAUCCGCUGGGAGGGUGCUGUGGGGCAACCCCUCCAGUACUGAGGCACAGCAGACACUGACUUGGGUAGCUCUGCCGCCCAGAAACAACUGUCCACACAGCCCUGCCUUUUUUCUAGGCACCAAGUGAGGAACACAGAUGAGGUCUCUGCCCUUGGGUGUCACACCUCAGUGACUGUUAACCAGGUGGCCAUCGGGCAUUAGGAGCAAGGCCCUCCAGGAAUUAAGAGCAGAAUGAAGACAGGACAGCGAAGUGUCCCUUUAGAGAGGCCCUACAUAGGGUCCUGGGACACAGAUGGAAAGACAGUGACUUCAGCUCCUCUUGUGACCAGGCUGUGGACCCCUCGUGUACCAACUGCCAACUGUGGCAUCCCUGACCCUUCAAAAAAGCUGCUCUGCCCCCUCUGCCUGUGACCAGAUCUUCUGACGCUGGGGUGGGAGCCCUGCAUACGAACCCUUCAUGGCCGGGACGAGAGCCUACCCAGGUCCACUACCCAGGUCCGCUACCUGCCGUUGUCCCAGAAGCCACCAACCUCCAGGACCCAGAGAGCACAGCAGCUCAAACCUGUAAUCCUAUCACUUGAGAGACUGAGGCAGGAGGAUAGUCAUGAGUUUGAGACCAGCCCCGCAACUUGGGGGACUUGGACAACUUGGGCUAUGGAGUAAGAUCCUGUCCCAAAAGGAAAAAACAGGGUCCCAAUAAUGUCUGAAGGACACCAAGAUUCUGUCUCCCUCCUGUGCCAGCGAAAAGAAAAAAAAUGAGACUAAAGUCCACAGUUGGUACAAGAGGGUAGACCUGAUGAGAGGUUGGGGUUCAGGAGAAAUGGGGGAGCUUCUGAUCUCUCAGCACUGUCCCCCUUAGAUGGGGAACGAAAAGCUGUGUUCCAGGAAGGCCAUCUGCAAGGAUGUGGGAAUGAGGCUGUGGAUGCGGCCGCUGCAGGAGGGGAGGAAGACUCUCAGAGUUGCCGUUCUCUGCCCCACCCCAGCCCGGCACAGACCCUGGCCUUUCCUAAGACAAGGUCUUCAAAGAACAGAUGCCUUGCUUUGGGUUUUUAUUUUUAUUAAAAUCCUCCUAACUGA